AUGAGUUCUCACAAAACCUCAUCAAAGUCCUCAUCAUCAAAUAGCUCAAUGAGUAUGAUAUUGGGAUUUUCUAAAUCAUUAGAGAAAGGGUCUUUUGGUGUUUUGUAUGCUAUGAUCAAAGGAAACACAUUCCCAAGAAUAUUGACCAUCUUAAGUUUGUUGAUAGAGUUUUGUCAAUUAUCAUCUUUUGGUUUUAAACAUCAAUAUCCAUGGGGUGGUGAUGCUGGAUAUUAUUUAAAAAAAAUUAUGUCACCAAUUAGUCAUCCAUCAGAUGUUAUUGGGUAUACUGGUUUUACAAUCUUUUUUUGGAUUGUCAUUGGUUUGAUGUUAUUAGGUUUUUUAAAUAUUUGGUAUGUUGCAUAUCAAUUUUAUCGUGGUAAAAUUGCAAAUAUUUGGAUUAUUAGAACUCUUCGUUGGUUUGUUAGUACUACUGUAGCAGUUUUAUUUAUUCCAAUCAUUUCCUUACUUUUAAUUGGUUUGGAUUGUGAGUACACAAGUAAAGGUGCUUUUCUUAGAAAGUUUGGUGGUGAAAAUAUUUAUUGUUAUAAAGGUGCAAACUUACCAAUUGCAAUUAUUUCAAUUAUUUUUAUUAUUUUUUUCAGUCAAGUUGGUUUUACAUCAAGUGCAACCUAUUAUGAAUAUGAUCCAAAUGUUAAAUCAAGAUUUGCUAAACCACAUGCAAGAUUAGAUGUUAUUAUUUUAUUAGUAAAACUUAUUCUUGCAUUAUUAAAUUCAUUAGUUGAUUUUUCACCAUGGACAACAUCAAUUGUAUUUUUUAUUUUAUCAUUAGCAUUAGUACUUGGAUCAAUUUUAGUUUUACCAUAUAAUAAUCAAAGAUUAAAUCAAAUAAAGAGUGGAUUUUAUGCAACAGUAUUUUGGGUAUCAUUUAUGACAUUGGUAAAUAUGGGCAUUAAUGAUGAAACAUCACCAGCUACAUGUUAUGUUACAAUUGUUGGUGUAUUCUUUGCUUUUCCAGUUGGUUACUUUUCCAAUAGAUUAUUUUAUAAAUUUUUAUGUUCAAAGAUUAACCAAUUAAGAAUUCCAUCAACUUUAUCAACUAUGGAUCUUCAUGAAAAUAAAGAUAAAGAAAAUGAUAAAUAUGAAACUCAUACUUCAAGAGUAACAUGGGGUAGACAACCAGUAACAUUGGGUAGUAAAAGACAAAUUAUACUUCCAUUUUUCGGUAGUAAAUUUGCAUUUCCAUUCUUUGUUGAAAUCAUGGCAAGAAAAUUAUUAAGAGGUAGUAAUGAAGGUGUUUCAAGUAGUCCAAUUGAAUCAAUUGAACGUGCAAAUAAUCUUUAUCAAUGUGGUUUACAAUAUUUCCCAAAUUCAGAUAUAUUAUGGAUGGCAUAUUGUAACUUUUUAUUCACAGUUAGAAAAGAUAGACAUAUCGGUUAUGCUGCAUUAGAAAAACUUAGAAGAAUGAAUCCUUCUUUCGAUGUUCGUUUCUUCAUUUAUCAACGUGAUAAAGAAAGAGAACAAAUUAUGGAUUCAGAUUUACGUGGUCCAGAACAUACAGGUAAAAUUCAAGAUUUCGUCAGUUACAUGGAAUUUAAAAAACUUUAUUAUGGUGCUAAAAGACAUCAUGUUAAAUGUUUAACAUAUAUUAAAAAGUUUUGGGGUUUAUUAUUACAUGAAACAGUUGAUCUUCAUCGUUUAUCAGAUUUAUCAGGUCGUAUUGCAACAACUGAAAAUAAAGCAAAUGAAAGUUAUGAACGUUUGUUAGCACUCAAUCCAAAUUCAGUUAGAGUACUUCGUGAUUAUUCUCAAUUCCUUGAAGAAGUUGUAAGAGAUAAAGAAUCAUCAUAUAAAUUACAAAAGAAAGCAGAAGCAAUCGAAGACAUCAUGAGUAAAAGUCAAACAACUGAUUUUAAAACAAUUGAUAUUAAAAAUUUAGAAGACUCUGAUACAGAAGUUGAUCAAGUAUUAAAACAAGAACCAAAUGCAAUUCAAUUGGCAAAGAUUGAUGCAGAUAUUGAAAAAUCAGGAUCAAAAUCAGGAUCAUCAAAAUCAAAAGAUGAUUCAUCAGAAUCAAGUAGUUCAUCAAAAGGUAGAAGUAAUAAAUAUAAGGAAUUCCAACAAAGUAAUGCAAUUAACAAACUUUCAUGGUUAAUGAUUGGUACAACUGCAUGUUGUGUUAUUUAUUUAAUUAUUGUUUUGGUUGUAUUCAGAGGAUUGGCAGUUAAACACACCAAUGCAUAUCAAGGUAUUUUAUCAAUUACAGAUUGUGCAACUGAAGCAGUUUCAAUUGCAAUCAAUUUAAAUACUAUGCAAGCAUAUGCAUUAGGUGCUGGCUUAAGUUUCCCAAUUGAGGCAGCUGUUGAACAAAUUAAUAUUUUAAAAGCUCAAAACGAUAGAAGUUUAAUUAUAAUGAAAAAUAUCCAUGAUGCAAUUUAUUGGGGUGAAGGUAAUCCAGCUGCAUAUGUUGGUGAUAAUUUAUCCAAAUUAAAAGAUAGAAAUGGUAUUGAUGUUUUCGAUAUUGGUUCAACCAUUUUCACAUUUGAUCAAUUCAAUCGUUCAAACACCGUUUUAGAAAAUAAAAGAAUGAUUCAAAUUUAUAGUGAACCAUCAGUCAAUAUGUCAAUUUUGGUUGCACCAAAAGGGACCAAUACAACUACUCAUUAUUCUCAAACUUAUAACGCUUGGAAAGCUGGCAAUGCUUUCAUUGAAAGUGCAAUCAUAGCCAAUAAAUUAUCAGUUUAUGAUUUCAUAAAUGGUUCCACAAAUCCAGAUUUGAAGUUUGUAAUUUUAAAUGCACCAAGCAAUAUUCCAGAUAUUUAUUUAAAAAUACAACAAGCUUAUAUAGAUUCUUUGGUUGACAAUAUUAUGAACACUUUGAAUACGAUCCUUUACGUUUGGUUGGCCAUUUUUGGUUUUCUUGUUGUUAUUGGUGCUGUUUUAUUCCGUCCAAUUGUUAGAAAGAUUUCUCGUGAAAAGAUUCGUACACUUGUAUUAUUUUCAUUGGCACCAAGAGAUGUGGUAAUUAAACUUUCAACAAAGAAAAUUAAAAUGGUUAGUUUAGAUAGUGGUAGUGAACGUGAUAAUCUUUUCGAUACAACUGACGAUGAUGAUGGACGUGAUGAUCACGAACAUCUUCACCAUGAUAGUGAUAAUACCCCCACAGGAGAAAGAAAAAAGAACGACGAUAUUGUAUCAAUUAAUGUUACUGAUCCAACUGGUGCAACUCUCUCUUUAUCUCCAUCCAAUCCAAGAAAACAUUCUCAAUCCUCAGAUAAUGAAGCAGAAAACCGUUCAUCCAACAAAAGCAACAAUCAAUUUGGUGAUCGUCGUCCAUUAAUGGAUUCAACUGGUGUUUUAGCAUCGACAACUUUAAAUAAUAGAAAAUCCAAUGAAGAAAAACCAAAAUCAGAAGAAGAAAGCAGAGAUGAAUAUAAUAAGAAAUAUGGUUGGGAUGGAAAGACUAAAAGAAAUUUAAAUAAGAAAUCACUCAGAUCAGUAUUGAGACGUCUUCAUUGGUCUUAUGUUUUAGCAAUCUUUUUAUUAUUUGGUUUUAUUACAAUGGGUAUUUGGGUAUCAUUUACAGUUGUAUUUAAUAACUCACAAUCUGGCUAUACCUUGGGUAAAAGUAGUACAAGAGCAUUAAACAGUCGUAUCAUUAAUUUCUAUGUAGCUGAACUAUAUACAUUUGAUAAUGACGCAAACGAACAAAAAGCAAUGGACGCUGUAACCCAUUUACAAGAGAACCAUCAAUCAUUACCAUACCUUGAAGAGGUUAGACCAUUGAUGGAAGGCUCCUAUGGUUGUUGGAUGCUUAAUAAAAGUGAUUGUCUUACAAGAGAUUCAAUUUAUUAUUCUGAUGUCAGUGUUGGUCUUGACUGGUUAAUCGAUCAAUAUGCAAAACACUGUGUAUCUCUAUUCAACACUGAUUCUGCAACUCUUGGAACAAGUCCAGAGUUGGCCUGGUUACAAGCAAUUGGCUCAAACGUAAUGUUCCAAGGCUUGGAUACUGCAACUUUUACUUAUUUCGAAUACUACCUCUCACUACAAGAUUGGGCCACAAAAGUUUUGACUUCAGUUUUAGCUGUUAGUUGUGUUUUAUUAGUAAUUAUAUAUCUUGUAUUAUUUAGACCAUUUAUGAAUCAUCUUAGGAUUCAACAUAUUCAUACUUUGGCCUUAUUACGUUUAGCUCCUGACGAUAUUAGAUUCAUGGAAGUUAGUGAUAAAGUUAUUGACGAAGAUUAA